AUUUGUUGUUUCGACGAGUCAAGACAACCUUCCAACACCUCGAGAAAGACAGACUACCUUUCGCACUCGCCAUGCCUCCCAAGUUAGAUCCCAAUGAGGUGAAGAUCAUCCACCUCCGUGCCACCGGUGGUGAGGUUGGUUCUUCAGCAACCCUCGCUCCCAAGAUCGGUCCUCUCGGUCUGUCGCCCAAGAAGGUCGGUGAAGAUAUUGCGAAGGCUACUGGUGACUGGAAAGGUCUCCGUGUCACCAUCAAGCUCACCAUCCAAAACCGACAAGCCGCUGUCUCCGUCGUUCCCUCCGCUUCUUCCCUCGUCAUCAGAGCCCUCAAGGAACCUCCCCGGGACCGAAAGAAGGAGAAGAACAUCAAGCACUCCAAGUCCAUUCCUCUCGAUGAAGUCGUCGAGAUUGCCCGCACCAUGCGCGGUGCUAACAAGUCUCUUGCCCGUGGGCUGAAAGGAACCGUGUUGGAGAUCCUCGGAACAUGCUUCAGUGUUGGCUGCCAGGUUGACGGCCGAUCACCUAAGGAGCUUAGCGACGAGAUUAAAGAGGGAAACGUUGAGGUUCCCGAAGAGUAGACAUUUUUCACUGCUGAGGAGGCUCAAAACGAACACACAUAGUGUGAUGAUACCCAUGAUCAUGUCAAGCACAUGAAAAAAUGAAUCAGAUUCCUCAACCAACCU